CUAGCAACUCCUUUUUUCUCCCCCAGUUCUGCCUUCCAGGGACACUGCACUUUUGCAGGAGAGGAGCCACAGGCAGGAGGCCAUGGGGAUGGGAACUGAUCUUAAAGCCAAGUCCCAGGGCUUGGUGACAUUUGGGGAUGUGGCUGUAGAUUUCUCUCAAGAGGAGUGGGAAUGGCUGAACCCCAUUCAGAGGAAUCUGUACAGGAAGGUGAUGUUGGAGAACUACAGGAACCUGGCAUCGCUGGGACUUUGUGUUUCUAAGCCUGAUAUGAUCUCCUCAUUGGAACAAGGGAAAGAGCCCUGGAUGGUGAAGAGAAAGAUGACAAGAGGUUGGUGCUCAGACUUGAAGGCUGUGCGGGAGACCAAGGAGCUACUUUCAAAGGAGAAUUUCUUUGAAGAAAAGUUAUCCCAGACAGUGAUAACAGAGAAACUCACAAACUAUAGUCUGGAGUACUCUAUAUUAGGGCAAAACUGGGAUUAUGAUGCUCUGUUUGAGACACAGUUGGGCUUGGUGACCAUCACCAAUAUGGCUGUAGACCUCUCCCAGCAGCUAGACCCAGCUCAGAAGAGUUUCUGCAAGAAAGUGUCAUGGGAGAACCAUGGUGACCUGACAUCAGUAGGACAUUGUGUUUCUAAGCCAGAUUUAGUCUCUUUCCUGGAGCAAGGGAAGGCGUCCUGGAUGGUGAAAAGAGAGCUGACAGGAGGCCUAUUCUCAAGUCAUCGAUCUAUACACGAGACCCAGGAAUUAUUUCCAAAGCAGGACUCAUAUGCUGAAGAGAGAACAGACAAAAUCUCAAACACUAAAUUUGAGUGUUCCACUUUCAGAGAAAAUUGGGAUUCUGAGUGUGUAUAUGAAAGGAAACUGAUAGGUCAAGAGACACAGUUCAAACAAGAGGCAAUAACUCCUGACAAAACCUUCUCUAAGGCAAGAGAGCAUGUACAUAACAAAUCUGGAAGAUGGCUCUACUUGGACGAUUCAGAAGAAGGGGUUCAUAAUCAUGAUUCAGUUAAAGGUUUCCAAAAAAAAUCAGUUGGAAUAAAACAAACAGGAAUCUAUGCAGGAAAAAAACUUUUCAAGUGUAGUGAAUGUAAGAAAACUUUUACCCAGAGCUCAUCCCUUACUGUUCAUCAGAGAAUUCAUACUGGAGAGAAACCUUAUAAAUGUAAUGAAUGUGGAAAGGCCUUUAGUGAUGGUUCAUCCUUUGCACGACAUCAGAGAUGUCACACUGGCAAGAAGCCAUAUGAGUGCAUUGAGUGUGGGAAAGCUUUCAUACAGAACACAUCCCUCAUUCGUCACUGGCGAUAUUAUCACACUGGGGAAAAACCGUUUGAUUGCAUUGAUUGUGGGAAAGCCUUCAGUGAUCACAUAGGGCUUAAUCAGCAUAGGAGAAUUCAUACUGGAGAGAAACCUUACAAAUGUGAUGUAUGUCACAAAUCCUUUAGGUAUGGCUCAUCCCUUACUGUACACCAGAGGAUUCACACUGGAGAAAAACCAUAUGAAUGUGAUAUUUGCAGAAAAGCCUUCAGCCAUCAUGCAUCACUCACUCAACAUCAAAGAGUACAUUCUGGAGAAAAGCCUUUUAAAUGUAAGGAAUGUGGAAAAGCUUUUAGGCAGAAUAUACACCUUGCUAGUCAUUUGAGGAUCCAUACUGGGGAGAAACCCUUCGAAUGUGGGGAAUGUGGGAAAUCUUUCAGCAUCAGUUCACAGCUUGCCACUCAUCAGAGAAUUCAUACUGGAGAGAAGCCCUAUGAAUGCAAGGUUUGUAGUAAAGCAUUCACCCAGAAGGCUCACCUUGCACAGCAUCAGAAAACUCACACAGGAGAGAAACCAUAUGAGUGCAAGGAAUGUGGUAAAGCCUUCAGCCAGACCACACAUCUUAUUCAACAUCAGAGAGUUCAUACUGGAGAGAAACCCUAUAAAUGUAUGGAAUGUGGGAAGGCCUUUGGAGAUAACUCAUCUUGUACUCAACAUCAGAGACUUCACACUGGCCAGAGACCUUAUGAAUGUAUUGAAUGUGGAAAAGCAUUCAAGACAAAGUCAUCCCUCAUUUGUCAUCGCAGAAGCCAUACUGGAGAGAAACCUUAUGAAUGUAAUGCGUGUGGCAAAGCCUUUAGUCAUCGUCAAUCCCUUAGUGUACAUCAGAGAAUUCAUUCUGGGAAAAAACCUUAUGAAUGUAAAGAAUGUAGAAAAACCUUCAUCCAAAUUGGACACCUUAAUCAACAUAAGAGAGUUCAUACUGGAGAGAGAUCCUAUAACUAUAAGAGAAGCAGAAAAGUCUUCAGGCAGACUUCACACUUUGCUCAUCAUCAGCGAAUUCCUACUGGAGAUUCAUCAACACGGCCUUCUUUACCUUCCACAUCAAAUCCUGUGGAUCUCUUUCCCAAAUUUCUCUGGAAUCCAUCCUCACUCCCAUCGCCAUAGUCUCAAGACGUCAUUUCAGCUAGACUGCUCCAGUAGUUUAAAAACUAUUGCCCUUUUGUUUUUGUCCUUUGCUAGUUCUUCAUAUUGCAGUCAGAUUGAUAUUUUUAAGUGCAAAUGUAAUUUAUUCACUCAUGUAAAGCUUGUGGAUCCCUUAAAUUGGUUAAUGCAUAAGAUGUGCUUAGCACAGUGCCUGAUCCAUAGUAUGUGUUCAGUAAUCUUAGUUCUUUUAAAAACAUUAUUGUUGAACAUUGAAAACUUGCCAUAAUCAGCUCUGAUAAAAAUGGAGCAGGAUGAGGUGAGUAGAAACCAGAUUUUAGAUCAGGAACAGGAUUUCUCUUGGUAGUUGGUGAGGUUUUGCCUAUGUUG